AUGCUGCCACUUGAGUCUCCUUUUCAACUUCAUUGUCAUUUCACCAGCCCUCAAGUCUGGAAAGAUCUGGACAAUCCAAAGCAUCCGUUGAACCUAGCUUGGCCGGAGUUCCUUGAUCAAGACGAGACAUAUAAGGUAUACUCUCCGAAAUUACUAGAGUACCCUGAACUCUCCAGGUACCAGUUCGCGGUUACGAGAACCAAUUCCAGUGGUAGACAGCAGCUGAUCGCAUGCGCUCGAUCCAUCCCCUUUUUCUGGCCCGAGCUUGCAGAGGUUGUCGACUCAGAACAAGAUGUCUACAGGAGUCACAAAUUACUUCAAACUUUACCUGACGGGGGAUAUGACACAAUUCUUUCACGGGGGUACGGCAACAUAUCCCCUCCGUUAACAACGAGUCAAUAUAUGGAUAUCUCGGCCUGUCAGAGCCAUGAUCCUCCUAACGCCAUCUCGGCAAUAUCGGUCACGGUCCACCCAGACUAUCGACGGAUGGGUCUUGCGGAGGCCCUGAUAGAAACUAUGAUUCAAACUGCCAAGGAAGCCUCGCUGCGGAUUCUCGUUACCCCCCUGAGACCCACGAGGAAAGCUGAUUUCGCCGACGUGCCGAUGACCGAAUACAUCCUAUGGCAGCGAGAAGCCCAGGCCGGAUGUCGCUGUAGCAUCUCGAAGCAGCCAUUUGACCCAUGGCUCCGCAAACAUGUCAUACUAGGGGCGAAGAUUGUGAAGGUUGCAGAAUCCAGUAUGGUGGUUCGGGGGAGUGUUGAGGACUGGGAAUUAUGGACAGGAAUCCCACUAACUCAAAAUAGUCGCAUUAUGUCAUCCAGAAAAAUGCAUUACGAUUCAGACAUUGGGGAACCAUUUACUGAGAUUUAUUUCCCAGGAGGGCUUGCACCACUACGACUGUAUGCAGGAACUCAAGAGGGUGUCUACAUUGAGCCGAAUGUGUGGCUUUGUCAUAGGACGGUUUAG